UCGAUCAAUUAAAACCUCUCCUCUGUGAGCUUCACUCACUUUUCAGCGGUGUGAUCCAGCAGCUGGGACGUGUCCAUCGUGCGUCAAAGUCCAACAUGCCCACCAAGAAUGUUAUCGACGAGCGGCUCUCCAAGUUUAAAAACAAGGGGAAAGAUCCGGCAAAACUUCGUGAGAAAAGGAUCUCAGUGAGCGUGGAGCUGCGUAAAGCUCACAAGAAUGAAAAUUUCCUGAAAAGGAGGAAUAUAACGCUGUCGUCUCUCCCGGACGAGGAGGCUCUUUCUCCUGAUUACUGCUCCACAGAGAUGGUGACUCCUUUAUCUAUGGAGGAGAUCAUUAAAGACGUGACCAGUGAGAGCAGAGAGUCCCAGACCAGAGGAUGUCAGGCAGCCAGGAAGCUGCUUUCUCAGGAGUGUAACCCUCCUCUGAAGGAGAUCAUAAACGCUGGCCUGCUCAGCCGCUUCGUGUCCUUCCUGUCGAUGGACGAUGAGCCGGCCCUGCAGUUUGAAGCAGCCUGGGCUCUGACCAACAUCGCCUCCGGGACGUCUUGGCAUACGCAACAGGUGGUGGAACAUGGGGCUGUAACAGCUUUCAUCUCCUUGCUGGCCUCACCAAUGCUGCACAUCAGUGAACAGGCUGUCUGGGCUCUUGGAAACAUUGCAGGUGAUGGUUCGGCUUAUCGAGAUGUCCUGAUUGAGUGUAAUGUCAUCCCGGCCUUGCUCGCUCGCAUCUGCCCUGACACACCAGUUGGCUACCUGCGUAACCUAACAUGGACACUGUCCAACUUGUGCCGAAACAAGAAUCCAUUUCCACCCUCAUCUGCGGUCCUGCAGAUGCUGCCUUCUCUGAUCCAGUUGCUCCAUCACUGUGAUAAGGACAUCUUGUCUGAUGCAUGCUGGGCCAUCUCCUACCUCUCAGAUGGCGACAACGAACGCAUCGAUGUUGUUGUGAAAACUGGCAUUGUCCCUCGACUGGUGGAGCUCAUGAGCCAUAAGGAGCUCAGUGUCAUGACGCCAGCUCUCCGCUCCAUCGGGAACAUAGUGAGUGGCUCUGACUUGCAGACCCAGACAGCGAUUGAUGCCGGCAUUCUGAACGUCCUGCCCCGCUUAAUGAGGCACCAAAAGGCCAGUGUGCAGAAGGAGGCAGCGUGGGCUUUGUCGAACAUUGCUGCAGGGCCUUGUAACCAGAUCCAGCAGCUGAUCACGUGCGGCCUGCUUCCUCCUCUGGUAGAACAGCUUAAAAAUGGUGACUUUAAGACUCAAAGGGAAGCAGUGUGGGCAGUGACAAACUUCACCAGUGGGGGCACCGUGGAGCAGGUGGUCCACUUGGUGCAAGUGGGAGCACUGGAAGCCAUCAUCAGCCUGCUGCAGGUCAAAGAUGUAAAAGUCAUUCUGGUCAUACUGGAUGCCAUCAACAACAUCUUCAUGGCAGCAGAAAAGCUCGGAGAGACGGAGAAGCUGACCCUGUUGGUUGAAGAGCUGGGAGGACUGGACCGCAUUGAGAUGCUGCAGAACCAUGACAAUGAUGCAGUGUACCGAGCUGCACAUACCCUCAUCGAGAAGUACUUUAGUGAUGCUGAUAUUGAAGAAGUCAAGGUUGACACUACAGUGGAUGCCUUUGCAUUUCAGAGCCCUGAUGUUAAGAGAACCUUUGAAUUUUAAACUCCAACUUGGAUAUGGUGUGUGUUUUUGGUAUUCAUGUGUAAAAUAAAUUUACUAGUAUAUUAAAAUCUCAAA